AUACUCAACCUUUUUUUUCUUUGUGAAAUGCAGAUUACAGAGUUGAAGUUGUCUGUGGAUAGUCUGGAGAGGGAGAGGGACUUCUACUUUGCUAAGCUGAGGGAUAUUGAAAUUGUGUGCCAAUGCCCCGAGAUCGAAAACCUACCUGUGGUUGAAGCAUUGAAAAAGAUUCUGUAUGCUACAAAUGACGAUGCAACACUCGUUGCAGAGGCUCAAGCCAUCAUCUCCAAGCAACACCAACAAGUGGACGAACACGAAGAUGAGACGGACAACAACAAAGUGAGAGUUAAAAACCAGAAGAGAAAAAUAAUCAUCAAUGCUGAUGUUGAUGUUGCUGCUAGUGUCACAUUGUCUCCAAGGCAAAAGAUCACUGAUGCUUCAGAUGUCCAUUGCAGCGGAUCGCCACUCGUGACUUACUGAUGUCUUCUAUUACUUCAAGAAUGAUGUUUUUUUGUCCUGCCUCAAUUGCCCGAGAGAUGUCCAUUGCAGCGGAUCGCCACUCGUGACUUACUGAUGUCUUCUAUUACUUCAAGAAUGAUGUUUUUUUGUCCUGCCUCAAUUGCCCGAGAGGUAUAUACUUCCUACAAUGUUGCUCCAUGUGGGUGAAUUGU